AUGCAAAAUUGGAUAGCAGAAGCCACUGGGUUAACUAAAGGCAAGAUUCCUAAGGAAAAGCUUGGUCCUCAGGAUUGGUUGAUUCGCGUUUGCCACUUCGACCAUGAUCAGGACCAAGAGCUACAGUACUUUGAAUCCCCCUUUCUCUUGAUCAUUCAUGAAGACGAGACUUUGGCUGAAAUUAAAAUCCGUAUAUGGGAGAAAUUACAGAUUGAGGACAAGGAUUUUUUUGAGUGGUCUUUUGCAGUUAUUGGAUUGGAUCUUCCCGUGUAUCUUAAAGAUUCUGACAUUGUAUCCCGUUAUUUUCUGAUGGAAGAUAGCUAUGAAGCUCGGAGCCAACAUCUUGGACUGAGGCACCGUGACAACUCAAAGAAGGCCAAUUAG